UCAUUUAGUCGUGGUACUUUUAUGUCAGAUUCAAACCUAUCGAAAAAUGAUUUGGCAGAUAUUUGCCGUAGUCUAGGUAUAUCAUCAGAAGGAAAUAAAACAGACCUUGUUCAAAGAAUAAAAGAAUACCCACAGUAUGAGGGUUGCAGAGAAAAUGGUGAAAUGUUAGGAAAUCUAGAGACCACAAGAGAAAAUGUGGUUGAUAUAGAGUCAGUAGCUUCCGGUUAUCAUUUAGAAGCCUCAGACAGAUUCGAUAAGAACUUACAAACCUUGAGAGAGUUGGCAAGGAAAAGCACUGAAUGUGCUAAAAAUACUCCUUUAAAAACUGGCUCAUACAAUAAAGAACUUCAAGAAGACCCUAAAACGCAACCAAAUAAAUUAGCAAAGAAAAGAAAGUUACAUGAAAGUGAUGACACUCCAUAA